AUGUCUUCCGAGCAGACCUUCAUUGCCAUCAAGCCCGACGGUGUCCAGCGUGGACUCGUUGGCCCCAUCAUCUCUCGCUUCGAGAACCGUGGCUUCAAGCUCGUUGCCUUGAAGCUCGUCUCCCCCGGCAAGGAGCACCUUGAGCAGCACUACGCUGACCUCAAGGAGAAGCCCUUCUUCCCCGGUCUCGUCUCCUACAUGCUGUCUGGCCCCAUCUGCGCCAUGGUCUGGGAGGGCCGUGACGCCGUCAAGACCGGCCGUACCAUCCUCGGUGCCACCAACCCCCUUGCCUCCGCCCCCGGCACCAUCCGUGGUGACUACGCCAUCGACGUCGGCCGCAACGUCUGCCACGGUUCCGACAGCGUCGAGAACGCCCAGAAGGAGAUUGCCCUCUGGUUCUCCCCCAAGGAGCUCCAGACCUACAAGCACUCCCAGUUCGACUGGAUCUACGAGAAGGCCUAAAUUUCUCGACCCGGUCUUACGCCUGAGUGCCUACAUCCCCCAACCACUAGUUGAGAUGUAGAGUAUAUCGGGUAGUAUAAAAUCCAAAGAUCUCACGAGACCUAGAAAAUAUAAAGUAUACAAUAUUUACUACGCUAUCCACCGUACAAACCGUAUCCGAUGU